CCAAGAUACAAGUUGUCACCUUCUACUCCACCCCGUCAUCAAAACCGUGAGGAUCCGUCAAUCUUUCGAGACGGAUCAAGCGCAAAAGACCGAUAGAACUGAAGUGAAUUAGUGGACAACUGUUUACACACCAUGGCACCCACCACGCGCUCAAAGCAGUCGUCACCCACACCCGACCUUCCCACGUCUUCCACCACUGCCAUUCAGACCUUGUCGAGUUCACCUGCUCGCAUGAGACCGAGAGAGGGGAGUAGAACACGUCAGGAAGAAGUGUUUGAUGCGAAAUAUGCAGUGGACCUUGCAACGACAACCGUCGACGAAAAUGUCUUUCUCUUCGUCCCAAACCUCAUCGGUUAUACUCGAGUCAUACUCGCAGCUGCCUCUCUGUACUACAUGCCAAUUCAUCCCAAAGUAUGCACAGUUCUCUAUGCCGUCAGCUGUUUGCUGGAUGCUGUGGACGGACAGGCUGCCAGGGCGCUCGGUCAAACAAGCAAAUUUGGGGCUGUGCUGGAUAUGGUCACGGACCGAUGCACAACGGCGUGUCUCCUUUGCUUCCUCUCCACUGCCUAUCCCCGACUUCAGUUACUCUUUCAAUUCCUCAUCACCCUCGAUUUCUCUUCCCACUAUAUACACAUGUACUCAUCAUUAGUGACAGGUUCUUCCAGUCACAAGACUGUCACCUCUGAUGUCAGCCGGAUUCUUUGGCUGUAUUACAAUGACUCGCGCACGCUCUUCCUCUUUUGUUUCAUGAACGAACUCUUCUUCGUCUGCCUGUACCUCAACGCUUACUGGGUCAAACCCAUCUCCCCUUCAUUUUCUCUACCUAGCGUCUUGCUGUCUUCCGACUUAGCUCUGUCGCGACCCUGGCUGUUCAUGCACGUGGAGCGGACUCUGAGGAACGCCACAUGGCCCCAACUGGCAGGCAUAGCGGCCGCCCCGUGGAUGAUUGGGAAGCAAAUUAUCAACUGCGUACAAUUCUGGAAGGCGAGCAAAAUUCUUGUAGGCGUUGACCUCGCCGAGAGACAAGCUGCACGGGAAGCCGCUGCCCAUAAGAGCCGAGGUCAAUAA